AUGGUUUCAGUACCAACUGUCGGCGCUGUCGCCCCCCCAGGCACUCAUAGCACAAACGGAAGUUCGCGAAGCUCACCCAGUGCCACUACUGCUGGCCUCUCGUCAAAACCCAAGCCGAAAGUCAACUCCAACGGAUACCACCCGAACAAUCCACAGACUCCCCUCAGCUCGCUUUCAAGUACUGCCUUGGACCUCACUUCUGUUGAACGUCGCGGGCAACCCACCGCAGUCAGGGAAAAGGUCAAGGAGAGUCGCCCACAUGGUCUGCAAGAGGCACCUACGUAUCGACCAACCGAAGAAGACUGGCGAGACCCUUUCGAGUAUCUACGGAAAAUCACACCCGAAGCGAAGAAGUUUGGCAUAUGCAAGAUUAUCCCCCCCGAUUCUUGGAACCCAGGAUUUGCAAUCGAUACAGAGAAAUUCCAUUUUAGGACCCGAAAACAAGAGUUGAACUCCGUGGAAGGGAGUACACGUGCUAAUCUUACCUAUCUUGACGGCCUCUCGAAAUUCCAUAAGCAACAUGGCACGAAUCUUCAUCGCUUACCGUACGUGGACAAGAAACCACUUGAUCUUUAUAGGUUGAAGAAAGCGGUUGAGUCAAGAGGUGGUUUUGAGAAGGUUUGCAAGCACAAGAAAUGGGCAGAAAUCGGCCGUGAUUUGGGAUACAGUGGCAAGAUCAUGUCGUCACUGUCAACGUCCCUGAAGAAUUCUUACCAACGAUGGCUAUGUCCGUAUGAGGACUACCUCAGGCUGGCGAAGCCUGGUGUUCAUCAACAGCUGGAGCAGGAAUACGGUGGGCCAUUGACCCCGAGCCCUGGGCAGACCCCGGUCAGACGGUCCAAUGUCAACACUCCCGUGAGCCUUCGAGGUGAUUCACCAGCGCGUAAUGCCUCCGACGCUUUACAGGCAACCCUUGGCGGAGUAAAGACCGAAACAGAUCGAGACGCUCCCAUGGCUGAUGCACCACCUCUGCCACAAGCGCCUACAUCUGGUGGAUUCACUGCCGUCAACUCCGGAUUUACCGCGGUGAAUUCUGGCUUCACAAGUGUGAAUCGCAGCGCAACUAGCGAGCCCAAAAGCUUCACACCUGAUCCCAAGCGAUUUGAAAGUCCCACUUCUUCCGCAAAGAAUACUCCAGACAACCGGGCAUCAAGCUUAAAGGCUACAGCGUUGAAGCGUCAGCUUAGUGGCGAAGAGUCCUCCGACUCAGCCAAGAAGGACUAUGACCUGGACGAUUCUGAGGCGGCUAGCAGCCGUCGCAGUAAGCGACUCAAAAAAGAUGCCGUCCCCACUGUGGCUGGAUCGCAUAUGACGCCAUUCCGUCCUUCAGUGCCACGAAUUCCACGAGAAGAGCCACUGCCACCAGGAGAGAAAUGCGAGACUUGUGGGAGAAAUGACAACGUUCUACUGCUUUGUGAAUCUUGCGACCACGCCUAUCAUCCAGGAUGUCUCGAUCCACCUUUGAAGCGAAAGCCCGAUAACGAAUGGAACUGUGCAAGAUGUCUUGUCGGGGACGGCCAGUUCGGUUUUGAGGAGGGCGGUUUGUAUUCGCUCAAGCAAUUUCAGCAAAAAGCAAACGACUUUAAGCAGGGUUACUUUGAAAAGAAGAUGCCGUUUGACCAUGAGCUAAAUUGCCACCGACCUGUUACCGAAGAAGAUGUUGAGACGGAAUUCUGGCGACUGGUUGCUGAUCUCGAGGAAACCGUAGAGGUCGAAUACGGCGCCGAUAUCCAUUGUACGACUCAUGGUUCAGGAUUCCCGACUGCAGAAAGAGACCCCAGCAACCCGUAUGCAACUGAUCCUUGGAAUCUAAAUGUUCUUCCAUUCCACGGCGAGAGUUUGUUCAAACACAUCAAAUCAGACAUUUCCGGCAUGACAGUCCCCUGGGUUUAUGUGGGCAUGAUAUUUUCGACGUUCUGUUGGCAUAACGAAGAUCAUUACGCCUACUCUGCCAAUUACCAGCACCUUGGUGCCACCAAAACAUGGUACGGUAUACCGGGUGAGGACGCCGAGAAGUUCGAAACGGCUAUGAAGGAAGCUGUGCCAGAGCUUUUUGAGACUCAGCCGGAUCUCCUCUUUCAGUUAGUAACACUAUUGACUCCCGAGCAACUGAAGAAGGCCGGCGUCCGUGUGUAUGCUCUUGAUCAAAGAGCUGGUCAGCUCGUUAUCACUUUCCCACAAGCUUACCAUGCUGGAUUCAACCAUGGAUUUAAUUUCAACGAAGCAGUCAAUUUCGCACCUGAAGACUGGGAACCUUAUGGACUUGCCGGUGUGGAAAGAUUGCAACUGUUCCGAAGACAGCCAUGUUUCUCUCACGAUGAGCUAUUGUGGACCGCUGCAGAGAGCACCGCAACUAGCCUUACAAUCCAAACGGCGAAAUGGUUGGCACCCGCCCUCGAGCGUAUACAUAAACGAGAGCUUGAGCAACGCGGAGAUUUUAUCGCAAAGCACGUUGAAGCAGCACCACAUCGAUGCGAAAGUACAGGAGGUGACGAACCGUGCUCUUUGAAAAUCAAGGUUGAGAAUGAGGAUCUUCAAGAUGAGGAUGAACAGUGCUGCUGUUACUGCAAAGCCUUCUCAUAUCUAUCACGAUUCAAAUGUAUACAGUCAGGCAAGGUUCUUUGUUUACUGCAUGCUGGAUAUCAUGCAUGCUGCGACAUGCCCGAGCAGGAGCGCUUCCGAGGUGCCGAACAUGUCCUCUUCUUUCGUAAGGAGAAGCAAGACAUGGAAACGAUACACCAAAAAGUGUUGGAGAAGGCUCAAACUCCUGAUUUGUGGGAACAAAAAUAUGAGAAGCUACUCGAAGAGGAGCCUAAGCCAUCGCUCAAAUCGCUGCGUGCACUUCUUCACGAGGGCGAGCGCAUUCCACAUGAUCUUCCUUCACUAUCAGUUCUGCAAGAUUUUGUCAAUCGAUGCAACGACUGGGUAGAAGAGGCAACAAACUACAUUGUUCGGAAACAACAGAAUCGACGCAAGAACGAGAAGGCUUGGCAGUCGGGCAUGCGCAAGUCCAUCGGCAGCGCCGAACAUGACCAGAAGGAGAGAGAGUCGAGGAACGUCAGUAACAUCUAUCGACUGCUAGAAGAAGCUGAGCGAAUCGGAUUCGACUGUCCCGAAAUACUCCAGCUUCAAGAGCGCUCUGAAGCAAUUAAGCAGUUCCAGAUGAGCGCAUCCCAGGCUUUGAAGAACACAUCCGGCUUGUCGGCAGACAUGAUCGAGAAGCUUCUUGAAGAAGGGCGAACCUUCAAUGUGGAUACUCCUGAAGUCGACCAGUUAUCUAAAGUGCUGGAACAAUCUCGCUGGAAUGAACGAGCACGCAACAACCGAGGAGUCUACAUGACCCUUAAGGAGGUGCAAGAUCUUAUCGAGGAGGGCAACCGGCUUGAAAUUCCUCCUUACAACGAUCACCUGACCUUCUACCGUGACCAAAUGGUCGCUGGCCAGCAAUGGGAGACAAAGGCUAAGGAGCUUAUCGUGGCAGAAUUUGUUCACUAUCCACAACUGGAAUCACUCUCAGCGCAAGUGCAAUUAAACGCACUACCAGUUUCACAGGAGACAUUGAGCGCUGUCGACCAAAUUCUUCACAAACAGCGCGAGGCGCACCGCCAGAUUAUCGAUUUAACUACACGAUGUCGCGAUGUCGACUUUCGCAAGAGACCCAAAUACGCUGAGGUUGUGGAGAUCCAGAAGAAGCUAGAAGAGCUCAAUUCGAAACCGAAUGGUACUCUCGAUCUUGAAAACGAGCGCAAACGCCACGAAGAUUGGAUGCGCAAAGGAAAGAAACUUUUCGGAAAAUCUAACGCACCAUUGCACAUUCUCAAGAGUCACCUGGAAUAUGUCCUAGAACGCAAUAUGGAUUGCUUUGACAUCGAGCACGACACGCCAAGGAUGCCCGGAGAACCCGUUUCCAGAGAAGUCAGCCCCGAGCCUGAAACGAGCAAAUGGGAUGACAGUAGGUCCAGGCAAGUUUUUUGCAUUUGCAGGAGAAUCGAGGCCGGAAUGAUGAUUGAAUGCGAAAGAUGCCAUGAAUGGUAUCACUACAAGUGUCUCAAGAUUGCUCGUGGCAAGGUUAAGGAGGAUGAGAACUACACCUGUCCAAUCUGUGACUGGCGCAUGAAGAUCCCCAGAGAUGCAUCCCGACCUAAAUUGGAGGAUCUGUUGGCACUCGCAGAGGAAAUGAGGACACUGCCUUUCCAGCCAGAGGAAGAAGAAGUGCUGAUGAAGAUUAUCGAGAACGCAGAAGCAUUCCGACAUCAUAUAGCUCGCUAUUGCAGUCCGCUGCUAUCUACGGAAGCCGAAGUAGAGACACAGCGAUUUUACCUGCGCAAGAUUGAAGGCGCUGAAGUUUUGUUGACAUAUGAGACGAAUUUCUUUCGUCAAGAGCUCCACAAAUGGUCUCCUGUGGCCCCUGAACCCCCGCCGAUUCAAGAACAAUCCCGAAGCACACGAAAGCCUCGGCCGACAAAGCUUCAGAAGAUGCUUGUCGAGUAUGGCGUCGAUAACCCCGAUGACCUUCCAGAGCAUGCCAAAGGGAAAGCCAACAGUUUACGCCGAAAAGCAGCCAAUGCAGAAGCGGCGGCGGCAGCAGCCGCAGCAAUUUCACAACCAGGUGCCUUUCCACCACCACCCGCAGGAGCUGGAGGGUACAGCGGGGCGCCAUAUUACUCGCGACCUGGUGAGGUUGGAAGUCCUUCCAGCUCUGGACAUGCUGAACGCCGAGAGUCUCAUUCCUCAAGUCGCACUAGGGAUAACUCUAUCAACCUCGACAACGGGUUGCAUCUUGGACCACUAGGAGUCGGCGGACCACAGUUGGUUGCUGAUGUUUCCUCAAUGUCUUUGGAGGAGAGACUUCUUCAAGGCCAAGAGGAUGGCAUCAGCUUCCAAACGGAUGCUGAAAAGAGCAAGGCUUUGGAAAUCCUUUCAAGGACCGAGCUGGGCCGAAAGCAGGCCGAGAGGCUUUGGGGCCCCAAUGUCUGGGGUCGUGGACGUGGUUCUAUCAGUGACGCUGGCAGACGCUUGUCUAAUCCAAUAGAUGAGGAUAUGUUGAGGCAGGAUGAAGGCAAUGUGGAUCAGAUGUUUAAAGAGAUGACAAACCAAGACGAAGAAGACGACAGAAGAAACGACAACGGAGACGUUGAAAUGACUGCAGCAUCAUUGGAGAAGGAGAGGAACGGCAUGGAUGCUUUGCUCGACGGGGCGUGA